AUGACAGAGGAGGCCUCACAAGCUCCCCCGCCCAAGGACGCCGUGCAUCAGGCCGGCGGUGGUGUAAGCGGCGAGGAACACCACGGACACGUCAAGACAGUCCACGAGCACAUCUUACGUUAUCUUACCAACGUUUUCAACUGCCAUGCCGACGAGAACAAGUCAUGGCACAAGGCGCAGGCCGCCACAUUCAUCCGCUGCACCCAAGCAGGCGACCUUGAGUCUCAACACGAGGCGCUGCCCGCCGAACUGGCAACCAAAGAGCAGUUGGACUUCAACGACUUCUUGCACUACAUGACCUCAGAUGCCAGCAACAUUGUCGGGCCCUGCAGAACCAGUGACCAGGAUCUCACCUACCCCCUAUCCAGCUACUUCAUCAGCUCUAGUCACAACACCUACCUCACCGGGAACCAGCUCUAUAGCGAGUCAAGCACGGAUGCUUUCAAAAAUGUUCUGCUAAGGGGGUGUCGCUGCGUCGAGAUCGACGUCUGGGACGGUGACGAUACGGACUCAGAGUAUUCCAGCAGCGACCUUGAGGACGACGACCCCAAGAAGGCAGAGAUCUACGCCAAAAGGAAACAGAAGGUAGAGAAGGCCAAGAAGAAGCUCCCCAAGUCGAUCUUAUCAAAGCUGGAGAAGACGUCACUGGGGAAGAAACUCGACAAAUAUGUGGACAAGAAGACGGAGCACAAGGCUGCCUCUCCCGCAUCACCAUCACCCUCGGCGGCAAAGGAAGCCAAGCCAGUGGCCAAGGGAGACGAUAAGUCAACAUCAUCCGCUGUGCUCCAAAAGGUGCCCUCCCUGCCGGUGGCACCCACUGAGCCGCGCGUCUUGCACGGGUACACUCUCACCAAGGAAGUCUCGUUCCGAGACGUGUGCGUGGCCAUCAAGGACCAUGCUUUCGCCGUGACAGACCUCCCGCUGAUCGUGUCCCUCGAAGUGCACGCGGGUGCCCAGCAGCAGGAGAUCAUGGUCGACAUUAUGAAGCGGGUUUGGGACGGCCUGCUCGUACCACCUCCCGACAAGGACGCAGGCGUCCUGCCGCCACCAGGCGAUUACCGCCACAAGAUCCUUGUCAAGGUGAAGUACGCGCCCCCGGGGACAGACACAGCUGCCAUAUCAGACGAGGACGCGGGCCCGGUCGACCCCGCGGCCGCCGAGAAGAAGAAGAAAAAGAAGCCCUCCAAGAUUAUCCACGCGCUGAGUGACCUUGGAGUUUACACCCGCGGCGUGUCGUUCAAGUCCCUCACGCAGCCAGAGGCGACCAUGCCGACGCACAUAUUCUCCCUGGCCGAGAAGACGGUCGCGGAGAUACACGAGAAGGAGGCUAUACAGCUUUUUGACCACAACCGUAAAUACAUGAUGCGGGCCUACCCAUCGGGACUGAGAAUCGGUUCGUCGAAUCUGGACCCGGCAUCGUUCUGGAGAAAAGGUAUCCAGAUCGUGGCGCUGAAUUGGCAAAAUUGGGACGAGGGCAUGAUGUUGAAUGAGGGUAUGUUCGCAGGCACAGGGGGAUACGUCCUCAAACCAGAAGGAUACCGCUGCGCUAAGCCGGGCCACGAAUCGGAGCCACAGCCCGUCGUCACCCACCGCACGCUCGACCUCGAGGUCAAGCUCUUCGCGGGGCAGAGUCUUCCCAUGCCGUUGGAUGAGACGUCCGCCAAGUCCUUCAACCCGUACGUCAAGCUGGAGCUGCAUGUCGAGGAGGGCGGCGAGCGGCACGGGCACCUGGGGCGCGAGGGCGAGGAGGCGGCCCGGCGGGCUGCCUCAAGCGACGAGGACAAGGAGGGCCAGUACAAGGCGCGCAGUACGACGAUCAAGGGAACGUGCGACCCGGACUUCAAGGGCGAGAGCCUCGAGCUCAAGGGGAUCCCCGGCGUGGUGGAGGAGCUGAGCUUCGUGCGCUUCAUCAUCCGGGACGACGAGUCCUUCCGCCGCGACGACCUCGCCUCCUGGGCGUGCGUGCGGCUGGACCGGCUGCGGACCGGCUACAGGUUCGUGCAUCUGCUGGAUGCCAACGGCCAGGAGACCGAUGGCGUCCUGCUCGUGAAAGUUAGUAAGAAGGUGUAUUAA